ACUCCAACGGAUGUUAGUCAUCACACAGCUCGGAGGACGUACCUGUCACGCAUUUGCUUAAUUGAUUUAAAGCGAAUUAAGACAGCUGUCACCCUCUCAUCCCUUGCUAUAUAACCAAGUGCAGAACAACUGAGUGUUCAAGAAGACGCGACAGGACCAAAGUGAGACAGAGCGCGCGGAGUGGAGCAGAGAAAAAGGUUGUAACGAAGGAAGGAACAUAUUUUUGCGCACGCUUAGGGUGCUUUCUGGAGAGGAAAGGAUACCAAUUUCCAUACGAGUAAAGCUGUCAAAAGGCAAUAGUGAGGGGAUAAAACCAUUUAAAAAAUCUGUUGAAUAUAUGUUUUUUUACUUUUGAAAAUCGAAGGAAGAAGACUUUUAGGGCUAAAUAGUUGCGCGCAACAGAUUGCUGCAUCAUGAAAUUACUUCUACCGAUUGUGAUAGCUUUUCUUGCUAUUGCCCAAGUUUUUUGUGAAGAAAUUGGUCCAAAAGAAGAUCUUGAUUAUUGGACGAACAAUGAAAUAACGGACGAGUGGCUGUCAUCUGACCCGUUCAGAGAGAUACUGCGGAGAAUGACGCGGAAACCGCGACCACAUCAGUUCUUCGGCCUGAUGGGGAAACGCUCUUCUGCAAAUGCCCAGAUAACCCGGAAAAGGCAUAAAAUUAACUCUUUUGUUGGACUGAUGGGCAAGAGGAGCCGGGACGAACCUGAUUCACAUGAGUGGAGAGCACUACAAAACUACGACAAGCGCCGUUAACUGGUUGGUCUGUCCUCAGUCUCCUGCUAUUGGUCCGCUUCUCAUCCAGGCAUUCCGUACGAAGAUUGGAAGUGGUGUCUGAGCCAAGUUUUAUUUUAUCCAAAAUAUAUUUAUUAUUGGUCAAACUUAUUGUACGUCUAUCGUAAUAAAAUGUCUGUUUUCACAUUGUGGUGAUGUACAUGUACUGUACCUGACUGCCAAUUAUAUAUGGAAGAGGGGAUGAAAUGAUUAUUCAAGAGAAUGAUCUGUAUAAGAUUGCAAUGUUCCCAGGUUUUUCAGAAAUCCCAGUCAAAUAUUGGAAUCAGAAGGAAAAUCAUAAGCAGGAUAUAUCCGGAAUCCUCUAAUCAAGCCUUUUGGAAAACUUGGAAAUUUUGGGUGAAUCUGAGGAAUUUUGCAACCUUAGAUCUGAUACCCAAAUGUAUUUAAAAAACAUUGUUCUGUCACAGUAUUAUUACCAUCACCAUAUCAUAUGUUUCAGAAAUACUGUUGUCAUGGACCAUUAAUGCAAAGCUCUACCCCAGGGUAUGUAGAAAAUUGCACUGCCAAUCCCACUGUCUAGUGCCUCAUAACUGUUUAAAUCACAACUGAUUGUGCUGUAAAUAAAUCACACACACAUGCACACACACUGAUACAAAAGACAUGCUGGUCUAUCAGAGCGUGCUCUCAUUUCAAGUGACUGUAAAUUCAACUGUCAUGUUGAUGAAACCGUAUGGUAAAACAUGACAGGAUACGUGUGUGAUUGUGGCUUGGUAUAUUAAAACUAUUUUCUUUA